AUGAGCCGUGCACAGCCAUCCCAGACGCUCUUCCUUCCCGAGCUUCCGUCCGACAUCACCGACGGCGUCCUCGAGCGCCACUUCCGCGGCUUUGUCGGCUACGAGUCGUGCCGGACGCGCAACGAUCGCAACGGCAAACUUGUUGGCUUUGUCGAGUUUGAGAGCAUCAAGGACGCGUCGCGCGCGCGCGAGUCGAUGCAAGGCGC